AUGAGGGUAUUCUCCGUCCUCCCUUUCUACCAAGACGCCACCCUCCAGAUUCUCAUCCACGUUGAGCAUACUUGGUCAAUACGGGUCACGCCUGACCUGGUCGUCCGAACUGGCACAGCCAACAAUUUCAAGUCUUCAAGGCCAGGGUGUGAAGGAGACGCAUCGCUGUGGACAUCGCACAUCGAAAGAGCAGCAGGCGUUGUAAUUGUGAGGACCAACCAAGAUUUUGACAGCGCUCACGAGAAGAUCCUACUCGAGGCCGCAUAUUUCGCUAGACUCGAGUUCAUCACGAAAGGUGACGUUGAUGAACACGCGAAGAAACAUUAUGAGGAAUAUCUUGCGAUCAUCAAUCAAGCUAUUGCAGCCUUGGAACAAGAGACGCCAGAAGCCGCUCGCCCCGCGGUUGUCACCGAAGUGUCUGUCAGGAGUGCUAUUCCGUCACAAGCGGCUCCGGCUGUUGUCGCGCACAUAUUGGCGGACAUAAAGAUGAAUUCGCCUUGGGGAAAACGGAAGCGAGAUGCUCGGGACGAGCAGUUCGCGGAGAAGGACAAGAAGGACAAUAUCCACGGGCUCGUUAAGGCGAGGCAAGUGAAGAGGACGAAGAAGGCUAAAAGCGCCGGUUGA